CGUGCGGCCGCCAUCUUCCCGUCCCGGGCAGCCAGUGCCAGUCGGAGCCAGCGCGAGCUGCCGCUGCCGCCGCCGCCGCCGCCGCCGCCAUCACUGCCGCUGUCAAGUCCUCCGCCCGCUGCCCCCGCCAUGUCUGCUACGGCUGCCACCGCCCCCCCUGCCGCCCCGGCUGGGGAGGGUGGUCCCCCUGCACCCCCUCCAAACCUCACCAGUAACAGGAGACUGCAGCAGACCCAGGCCCAGGUGGAUGAGGUGGUGGACAUCAUGAGGGUGAACGUGGACAAGGUCCUGGAGCGGGACCAGAAGCUAUCGGAGCUGGACGACCGUGCCGAUGCACUCCAGGCAGGGGCCUCCCAGUUUGAAACAAGUGCAGCCAAGCUCAAGCGCAAAUAUUGGUGGAAAAACCUCAAGAUGAUGAUCAUCUUGGGAGUGAUUUGCGCCAUCAUCCUCAUCAUCAUCAUCGUUUACUUCAGCACUUAAAUCCCUGAGGAGUCUGCCCUGCCUAGAGAAGGGCCACUCCCCUACCCCCAGCCGUUCCUCCACCUCUCAGCCAUAUCUUUCAGCCCCCUCCCCUGGAUCCGUGUGUGUGUGUAUGUGUGUGUGUGUGUGUCCGUGUGUGUGCCCCCUGUAAAUAGCCAGCUGUUAUUUAUACAUAUAUAAUAUUAUAUAUAUUUGGUCUGUUUGUAGUUUUAUUACUAGAAGAUUUUUCUGGUUGUCCUUAACACCCCUUCCUGAGGUUUCAUUGCCUCCUCUCUCUCACCUUCUUUCCCUUUCCCUUUUUUCCUGAUCAGUCCCAAGUCCCUUCAUUUGCAUCUGCUAUGCAAUAGUCCCUCUCCUCUUCUUCUCCUUCCCUUGGGUUUAACUGACCCUUCCUCCUGUCCAUCUUCCCUAUACAACUCCCUCCUCCCUUGAAACAACAACAACAACAACAACAACAACAACAACAACAACAACAACAAAGCACCUUUCCAGGGCUCCCUAGGUGCACCUCUGCACCUAUUGGGAGGUUCUGAGACUGGUCCUACUUGGUCCUAGGAAUCCCAGUUCUUCUGGGAGCAUCCAGCAUGUUAAUUAGCAUAUCAUUUGCAUACUAGCAUCUCUUGGUUUCCUUUUUCGUUCCAUCAUUCUUCUCUCACUGUUUCUUUUUUUACUGAGAAGUUAGUCCCCUUUGGUCCUCAUAUCACACCUUCAUUUGCACGACAUUAUCUGCAGGUGGUAGGGAGCCUGGGCUUUGGGGGAACCAGCUUGCUCUGGACCCCAGAAUUGCCCCCUCCUAGCCACUUUAGUCCAGUUUGCCUUCCUUAUCCCUAUUUUCCAAACCUCUUGUACCCUCCCUCCCCCCAGCUGGUGUGUAAGUGUCUUGGAGUUCAGUGUGUUAUGAUGGACCAAUAAUUCUGCCACUCGGGGUCUUUCCCUACAUUCCUGCUCCCCAGUUUUCAUGUGGGGCACUCAACUGACAUUCCCAUGGGGUCUCUCUCUCUCCCAUCUGCCUGAUCUGCCUCCUUCUCCCACCAGGAGUGUUGGGGGCUGGCCACAAUCUGAUCUCUUUUGGGAGGGGUGGCUCCAGUGUGUGUGGGGUCAUCACUGCCUUGGGGAGGAGUGCGACAAAGUAGAGAAUCCCCCCAAUUCCUGCCUGAAAUCUCUGGCCUCACCUUUGCUGGAGGUUGGACUGAAAACUUUCCUCCCCAAUUUGGGGGCUGUUGCUCCCAUCACUGCCCAGCUCCUCUGACUGCCCCCUAUAUUCAGGGUGGGGGUACUAGUCACUGCCAAUGUGUGUGUGGGACUUGCUGGAUGAUAGGAUCCUCAUCUCUCUCCAGGGCUGUUAGCUCAGAGAAAGAGAGAGAAAGAGAGAGCAAGCGAGCAAGCAAGAGAGAGAGAGAGAACUGUACCCUCAUUGGAUGAAGUGAUAGAGGAAGGGUUUAAUGUCUUUUUAAAUGCACAGUUUUAGGGGUCUGAGGGUAUAGCCCCUUAACCUGCCACUGGAGGGGGUCCCCAACUCUUUCUUCCUCCCACACUCCAUGUUUUCUGUGUGGAGGGAACAGAGAGAUCUAAACUGGUGUGAAAGGGUAGGAGAGAUGCUGGGGGUGGGGGUGCUGUGUUCUAGACCCCCCCAUAUUAUCCCAGUGUCCCCUGCCUUCCUUCUUCCCCUACCCCAUGCCCCCAAUUCUGUGGCGCAUCCAGAUGUGAAAAUGUACAAUAAAUGUGUAAUGAGUAACCA